CCGAUUGGCUAAUUGCUGGGGCAGAACUUCCCAAAUGUUGCGAAUUCGGGAGGGGGGCGGUGUAUCAGGAGGCGGAAGUGCUGCCUUCGAGUCCUCCCCAGGAAGGGCGGAAGUGAAUGGCGUGGAGGAAGUGGCUACAGUGAGGGCGGAAAGCGGGGUGGCGGGCUCCGAGGCGAGGUUCUGUACAUGCCGGUCUGUGGUCCCACCGCGCUGUGACCAUGGAACUCAGCGCUAACUACCUCCGUGAGAAACUGCAGCGGGACCUAGACGCAGAGCAUGUGGAGGUGGAGGACACGACUCUCAACCGUUGCGCGACCAGCUUCCGAGUCCUGGUGGUGUCGGCUAAGUUCGAGGGAAAGCCACUGCUCCAGAGACACCGGCUGGUGAAUGAGUGCUUAGCGGAAGAGCUCCCGCACAUCCACGCCUUUGAGCAGAAAACUCUGACCCCAGAACAGUGGACCCGAGAGCGGCAGCAAUGAGGGGCUCAGGCCUGAACAGCCAUUAAAUUGUGUAUCUGGUCCAGCAGGUUUCAGUGUGCUCCGAGACUGAGUCAAGGGCGUGGCUUUUCCCCGACUCUCCCGCC